AUGCAAAUGUAUCGUCGAUCACCAAUGGGUGGCGGUAAGAAGUUCGUCAUCAUACUUGGAUCCAACGUGGAAGGAGGAGUGAUGGAGCUGAAGGGCGCACGCGAAUGGGCGAUCGAACGCAACAGCAUUUGGAACAAGCAACAGUACGCAAAGCAAUGGGGCUACGAGCUGGAACUCGCCAAUCUCCUGGCCAAGAAACGAUACUCACAUGAAUGGCGUGAAAGUUGGGAGAAAGGCGAUGUGAUCCGCGAAGCCAUGCGGAAGUAUCCCGACGCAGAAUGGUUCUGGUGGCUUGAUCUGAAUACUUGGAUUAUGGAGCAUGAGACUUCUUUACAGUCCCAUAUCUUUAAUCGCCUUGACACCGGUGUCUACCGCGAUAUCGGUGCCUACAACCCGCUCAAUAUCACACACCCGCUCCCGGAGUUCUGGCUGGACGAACUCGGCCGAGCCCUGGAAGGCGACGACAACCCUAACUCAUUGAAUAUGCUUCUAUCGCAAGAUUGCUCUGGUUUCAACCUGGGUUCUUUCUUCGUUCGUCGUUCUCUCUGGACCGAUCGGCUUCUCGAUGCCUGGUGGGAUCCAGUCAUGUAUGAGCAGAUGCACAUGGACUGGGAACACAAGGAACAGGAUGCCCUUGAAUACAUUUACCAGAGCCAACCAUGGGUCCGCAGUAGUGUCGGCUUCUUACCUCAACGCAGCAUCAACGCUUUCCCUCCUGGCGCCUGUGGCGAUGAAGAGAAUCCAACCGUGCAUUACCAGCAGAACGCUCGUGACUUCGUUGUCAACAUGGCUGGCUGUAUGUUCGGUCGUGACUGCUGGAGUGAGAUUUAUUAUUACCGCGAGCUGAGCAAAUGGCUCAACCGGUCAUUCUGGGUUCGUGUUAAGGAGAGCCUCGGCGAAAGAUAUGACAGUUUCUGGGGAAAGAAAAAGAAACAUUGA